GUUCAUUUUAAAGUCUUUUUUGUUGUUGUUAUGACUUGUUUUCAUUGGAUGGGAUUGUUAGAUGAUUGAUUUCUGCGGCAUAUUCCCCUGUUUCUCAUGCCUGCCAAUCCCCUCGCGUACAGCAACGCAGAAAGGCGGUAUACAAACUAAAAGUGAAAACGAAAUGAAAACCCUGCGCUCCCCGCGGCCACCCAAGUGCUUCUGGGAAUCCCGCUGUAUACACCGGAACCCUGAGAGGAAAUCCUAGGGAGUUUCCACCAGAGAAAUAAUCACGUCACUCUCAGGCCCUUCCCCUUUCCCCUGCCUGCCGGCCUGCCUGUGUUUACCCACGCAGCCCGUGCACAUGGCUCCUUCCCUUCUCUGAUUGGCCGGGGCUCCCGGGUCUGCCGCGGCGUCUCCAAUGGCGGCGCUGUCCACGCGCCGAGGCCCGUCUGGCGGUUGGCCGCGGCGCCCCGAUCACGCCGCUUGACGCCAGGGGCUGUCACGGGCGCAGCCAAUCAGGCGAGAGGGCCUGUGGAGGGAGGCUGAGGCGAAACUCCCCGUUCCUUACUCGUCUGCCUUCCCCCUCAGAGGGUUGAGGCGCCGGCGCCGGCGGUGUCCGUCGUCGUCGUCCGGGCAGAGGGGCCUGAGGCGCGUCAUGGCGGCCGAGGAGUCGUCGCCGUCUGUGGUGAAGGCUCAGCUGGCCUUAUCUCUGUCGGAAGCGGCGGCGGGCGGCUACAGCGGCGGCGAGACCGUGUCCGGGCGGGUGGUGCUGGAGGCGGCGGCGCCGCUGCCCCUCCGCGCCCUCCGCCUCGAGGCCACCGGACGCGCCAGGGCGGCUUGGGGCGAGGGAGCCGCCUCUGUGGCCGCCGCCGCCGCUUCUCCCUCAGCGGCAGCAGGAGGGGGCCCGGGGGCCCGGCUGGAGGCGGAGGUGCCCUACUUGGACGUCCGGCAGCACCUGCUCGGGCAGGACCCGCGCCCGGCAGGUGAGAAGGAGGCAGGAAGCGGCCCAAGCUUGGCUUGGUCGGGGUCUUGGGCUGCGAGGAGUUGCUUGGAGGGGGCCAGAAGGGGGAGAACAACGUAUCAGGGGUGCCAACCUGAAUAAUAUGUUGGGGUGGGCAGGUAAGCCCCGCCCCACAUAAUCGAUCAGAGCCUCAUUUGAAUGGUAAUGCCCAUCAACCUGGGGGGCAGCCCCCUCAAAUAGAUUAUUGGGGGGGGUGACGUCGGCCCCUAGGGGGUUGCCUCCUAUGGAACAGAUCUAUUGUCUGAUUUUGUUCAGAAUAUUAAUAAUGUUGGCAUUGUUAAUAGCGCGUUCACUGCAAGUCGGUGUUUGUUAUUGUUUUUGUUUUAAGGCAUUUGUGCCCUGCUUAAUUUCUCGCUUUCCUAAGCAGUUUGCAUGAAGUUUACAUAAGGGACCAAGUGUGGUGUGAGGGAAGGUUCAGGUUCAAAUCCCCUCUUGGUCAUGAAGCUCAGUGGGUGAACUUGGGCAAGUUGCUUUUGCAGCCUAACUAAUGCACCUCACAGGGUUGGGAGGAAAAGAUGGGGUGCAAGCCUUGAGCUGCUUGGAGGAAAGGUGGGGUAUAAAUAUAUGUAAAUGAAACCAGGGGUCACACAGUGUAGGAGGGACUGGGAUGAGGUUGGGGGCUGCAAGUGGUAGCUUUUUUAAAAAACAUGAGUACUGAGUGAAACAUUACUCAUUAAUUUCACUGCAUGCACUUAUGUAAAACUUAAGUAUUUUUCCCAACUCUCUUGGGUGACAAGAUCAGCAAAGGGUUGUUCCUCUGCCCUCAGAAACUUGGAGACGGAACAUUAUCUGUGGCAGCCCCUAAGUUGUGGGAGAUCCCUCGCCAAGGAAGUGUGCCAUGCACCUUCAUUAUACAGCUGUUGUGCUCACACCCUCCUUGUGGGUUUCAUAGAAGUAUCUGAUUGGCCAUUGCAGAAAGCAAUAUGCUGGACUCGAUGGACCUUUGAUCAGAUGCAAGAGGGCUCUUGUGUUAUUAUUCCAAGCUUACUGGCAAAGGUGUUUGCCAACCCUAAAUAGAGAUGACAGGGAUUUAAUUUGGAAUGUUCUGCAUGCAAAGCAGAUGCAGUAUUGUUGACGUAUAGUUCCUCUCCUUUAUAAGAACACAGGAAGCUGCACUAUGCAAAGUCAGACCAUUAGGCCAGGAAGGAGGAUUGCGUGAUAGUUUAUAAGUUUCUAAACUUGAGUGGUUUAUCAAUUUUUUAAAAAUUAAAAAAUAUAAGCAAAAAAUCAUAACCAAUUUUAAACAACAAUUAUCAGCUCAUGCACACACAAGCCAGCAUAAAUACAGCAGCAUAAAAUCAAUUUAAUAGUGACAUGAAGCAGAAAUACAUUGGUACCUCGGAUUAAGUACUUAAUUCGUUCCGGAGGUCCGUACUUAACCUGAAACUGUUCUUAACCUGAAGCACCACUUUAGCUAUUGGGGCCUGCUGCUGCUGCUGCGCCGCCGGAGUACAAUUUCUGUUCUCAUCCUGAAGCAAAGUUCUUAACCUGAAGCACUAUUUCUGGGUUAGUGGAGUCUGUAACCUGAAGCAUAUGUAACCUGAAGCGUAUGUAACCCGAGGUACCACUGUAUCCAGUAAAACCAUGUCACUCAAAUUCUCAGAAUGACUUACAACCGCAACUAAAACAUUUUUUUAAAAAACGAUAAAGCAGAUCAACAGUGAAGCAUACAUACAAGAGCAGCAAAAUCUAAAAGUGGCAAAGUUAAAAAGAAAUCUAGAGCUGAAACAGAUGUAAAAGGCCUGCCAAAAUAAACUGAAUGAGUAAAGACCAGUGGCUGAUGUUUGUGUAGUUGGGGAUGAAUUAUAGGGGCACCCUGUAUUAAGGCUGCAGUUGGGAGGAAGGUGUGGAGUUAAGAGGGAAGGGGACUUAGGUGCAGAUUAUGGGGUAGGCUGAGAGAGUUGUAUGUUUAUUUAAAUAAUUUACAUGGCUUUCCUUUCUGUCAAAAGGUCCCCUAACAUCACUAACAAUGAUAAAACAAGAUUUAAAAUAAUGACAACAUUAUAAAACAUAAUCAUGCAGCAGUGGCAAUAAAACCAAUUGGCCAGUAUUUACUUUGAAGUCCCUUUUGAAGUAAAGUUUUCACUUCCCUCCAGAAGGUGACCGUGACUGAGCCAUUUGGAACAGAAACAAACAUGUGCACACAAAAUUUCAUAUGCCAUGAUCUAAAACACAAUGGCUAGACAUCUUUCAUCUGAUCCUAAUGUUAAAGUAGUGUUUGAAAUAUUGAGUAUUGCUAUAAAACCAAAAAGUAAACCCAGCCCUUGCGCUUUACUAUACAAUUUUCCAUUUGAGGGUUUUCUUCAAUGUGUAGGAAAUCUGUUCUGCUCAUGGAGAGAUAUUGCUCAGUGUCAUUCUUUUUAUAUCUACAUAUAUUAGCCAAUAACAGAACAGGAUUCCAUCAGACAAAAUGCCUCAAUAUGAAUAUUUGUGUAUGAGAAACUUCACCUGUUGAAUCUCAGCCUGUUACUCAGCUCUUAAAAGCACCUGAACCAUGCCAGAAAGAAGUUGGCAAUUUUAGUUCUGGGCCAUCAUGUGAAAUAACACUUGAGAAGAUGUUUCUAAUAAUUGGUUUCCUCCUCCACACUGAAAACUACAUAGUUGUUUGGAAUAGGGAGAUAGGCAAGCCAAGGGCAAGAGUAUGACUUGCUGGCACAGGUGUGAAGGAAGUUAGCAAGGGACUACUCACAAGGGUUUGGUUAUGGAUGACUUCUACUUUUAGGCUGUGUUCCUAGUGGCAAUUCUUUCUGUUAGAACUAGGGUUGGACACAUCUCCCUGCAGCUGUGAAGUUUACAGUAGCUUGGUGUUAAGUUACUGCAGAAGAUCGAAGAAUUUUCUUCAUCCACCUCGGACACUUAAGAAAAAAUGUUGUCAUUUCAAAGCAAUAUGAAAAAUAGGCCUGUACAGUUUGUGAUCCACCCAGAUGCACAUAGUGCACCUUUUUUUACCCCCCACCCCACCCCCCUGGUGUUGUGUAGCCAGCAAAAAACAAAGGGAGAGGAGAUUUAUUAAGUCUUGGUGGGUUGCCAUACUUGGCUGGUAGGCAACAUUCACAAUCAUGCUGAUGAUGUAAGAAAGAGUCAAAAUUAAAUCAAGAAGAAAAAUUAUCCAUAGAUUAAAAAUCUAUCUUUUUAAUAUCAUUCACUGGUAGUGGAAACCACCACAGAUGACAGUAACUUUCCCCAUUAUAUCAAUAGCACUUUUAAUUAUGCAAAGUGCUUUAAAGAUUUUGCUGUGUGUGGUGAUAACUACUAAUACAAUCUGAGAGGGGGAUUCCUGAAACCAGGCUGCUUGACCUUGAAACAAACUGCUUGAGGGAGGAAGGGCAGUCACUAAGUGGUAGAGCAUUUGCUUUACAUGUAGAAGAUCCCAGGUUCACUCUCCAGGCAGACCUGGGAAAGAACCCAAAACCCUAGAGAGCUGCUGCCAGUCAGUGUAGACAAUACUAAGCUAGAUACACCAUUGGUUUGACGUGGUAUGAGGCAGCUGCCCAUAUUCCUAACCUUGAUUACUUUUCAUUUCUUUUGAAAACCACCCAGAUUCAUUUGCAACCCAUUGACUGAAUAAGGAGUCAGACAAAGUUGGUUUGGCUGAAGUAAAGACCACUUUAUUAAGCUUAAACGCAACAAACCAGAUGAUUAUCUGCAGAGGGAAACCCCUAUAGGUGCAGGAGUAAACUGAACCUCAGAUGCAAGAAUAAACUGAACCUGCAGCUAAUAAGACAAACCACCCUGCCUAGGCAAAUGGGUGAUCAGAUCCCAGCCUAGCAAAGUGACGCAGGGCCCUGUGCAGCUCAGGACUGGUGUCGCUUCGGCAGCAAGGUCUGGGCUGGCACAUGAUGGGCUUCAUUUGCCCUCUUGCGCCCCCACUGUGUGUGCACUCCCUAGGCACCAUGAGAACACACUCCGCCACUGUGAAUGACCCCACACCCCAAGAUCAUGUAUUUCAGCCUGAUUUCCAGGUUAACCUUCCAGGUCCUAUUAAUGCCCCUGGGGUUCCCCUGACAGUACCACACCAACCUUGGCAGAAUAUCAAACCAGACAAGCCUAACCACAGGCCAAUGCUGCCUGAUGAACGGGAGGCCUGUGUCCUUUCCACCCAAGUGAAUUAGCAAGACUUGGGGAGAGUCCCAGAUCAGUCCACAAUUGAAUAAACUUCGCAGCAGCUGAUCUUACUGCAUGCUAUGGUAGCCUAGUGGCUGGACUUUUGCACACCGGCUCAGUCCCAGCUGAGACAAGUUUCUUUUUCCUCUGGCAGUGGAUGUGCAGGGUAGUAUUCUGGCGGGGGGGGCUCCUCCCCUUCCAGCAGUUAGCUUUGAGCUAUGGAAUGGAAACCCUACAUGAAUUGAGAUUUUAUUGUACUGGUUCCUCUGAACAUGAUAUGACGUUGAGACUGAGUGGAUUGGUUAGAUUCUUCACACAAUGAAGCUGAGAUAGAGCUGAGACUUGAACCCCAGUCUUACAAAUCCAGUUCUCUGUUUACUGGCCUGUGCUGGAGUUUUGGGGGCAUGAGUACUGAGGGCUAGCCCCACUUAAGUACUUGGGGCAUGCCCAAGACCUAUUUGAGCCUUUAGAGAACAUUCUGGUGGUGGUGGUUAUGAUGUUCCUUGAAGUAUCAUCCUGCUCAGUCGCUUGAAUUUCUUGCCGGUUCACUCUACAACACUGCUUCCAGGAAAAUCCAUCUCUGUUUAAGUAGAAUAGUGUUGAUUCUAGUAGCUGUAAUCAAAGGGCAGAAGUAAUUGUGCCUAAAUGUCUAGAUCAGUCACAAGAGUUGAUCAACUUGCUUUCAGCUCAAAGCUACUUUGGGCAACACCUUAUCAUACCAGUCAAAGGACAGAUUCUUAAAGUAUGUGGGAAGAGGAAGUGCUUGUCUGGGCACAUGUGAUGUACAUCCUUUAGUUACGUUGUUCACCACUGAUUCAGAGGAAGGUUCAGACGAAUCUUCCGGUUGUUUCUUGAAGCAAUUUGUAAUCAAUUUCCUCUGUGUGGAACAGUUAAUUACAUGUCUUGCUGGUUUUUAGUGUGGUCAUUAAGAUCCUUCAACAGACAGGUAUGCUGCUGUGCUGUGCACAACCUACCUUGGGCUUAUACUGAUUGCUUUAGUUCAAAAAGACUAGAAAGGGCCUUUCUUGUUUAGGUACUUUCUGUGAUGGCACUGCAGUUGGGAAGGCAAUCAAAGAAGUACAUCAUGCUAAAAUUGCUUUUGUGAAAUCCACUGGAUUUCUUUCACAAGUUUUAAAAGACUGGCCUUCCCCACAACUGAGGAAGUGGGAAUCUGAGAAGAAUUUGAGACCAAACUGCAGCAAACUGUUACACUAUUCUGUAACCCUGGCUCUUCCACAGGCUGUUACACAACACGUGCAAGUUUCUGCUGUAGCAACAGGCCUAGCCAGUGAACAUGGUUUCAGAUCCUGUCUAGUAAUACUGAGUUAGAUAGACUAAUGGUCUGACUCAGUAAAGGCAGCUUCCUUUGUUCCUAAAGAAUGAAAUGCAUAGGAUUGUAAUGUGGGAGCAUUGUACCCAGACAGCAUCACAAACCAUGAUGUUGUUGUAUUGGUGCAAUACAAUAAGCUGGACAGUGUGGUGUGGUAGGAAUUCAUUCACACUGUUCAGUUUUGUGCAGUUAGUGGUGUGAGCAUGACAACACUUAAUAUUGAACAUGAUUCUUAAGUUUAAAUAGUACAUUACAAUGGCUCUUACUUACACUUUGUAAAUAUGUGUACGUACCUCAUAAACACUAAAUUUUUAUUUUUCAUGACAGCAGUAAACACUAUCUUCUCUGUCCUUCUUACUUUAUUCUAUUACAAAGUUGUUUAGCGGUUCACUUUAUUCUAUUACAAAGUUGUUUAGCUGUUGGAGACAGGCAAUAGUUUCAAAUGUGAUUCACAAGAGAGAGCACUGCUUGUAGCAUGCACCCACAUAUCAUAUUUGCUUCUGGUAAUCAAGUGUUUGUAUUGCUUGUAUAAGGGGAGACAGUGGGAUGCAAGAAAGUGAAUCCUAACCCAAGCCAUUUUGCGUCCUUUAGCAAGUUCUGCAGUAGCUCUUGGUCAUAGAUGAAGCACAAUAGGAGUCCUCUUCAAAGUGGCACCUAAGUAAUAGGUAAAGGUAAACGGACCACUGACCGUUAGGUCCAGUUGCGGAUGACUCUGGGGUUGCGGCACUCAUCUCGCUUUACUGGCCGAGGGAGCUGGCGUACACCUUCCAGGUCAUGUGACCAGCAUGACCAAGCCGCUUCUGGCGAAACCAGAGCAGCACACGGAAACGCCAUUUACCUUCCCGCCAGAGCAGUACCUAUUUAUUUAUUUACUUGCACUUUGAUGUGCUUUCGAACUGCUAGGUUGGCAGGAGCUGGGACUGAACAACAGGAGCUCACCCCGUCACAGGGAUUUGAAACGCCGACCUUCUGAUCAGCAAGCCCUAGUCUCUGUGGUUUAGACCACAGCACCACCCGCAUCCCCCUAAGUAAUAGAUUGCCUUAAUUCUGCAAUUUGUGUGUUCAGAAUCAUUAUGAUCUAUAAUUUUUUCAAAAAGUGGGAGGAAAAAGCCAACCACGUGUCUUCUUUUCCCUGUAGGUGAUGAGGGCUUAAUCCUGUUAGAAGCCGGAAAACAUGAAUACCCUUUCAGCUUUCAACUCCCCCAGCAGUAAGUGAUGUAGCAUAAUUUGACAUAUUGGUUUUUAUUGUUUUCUUGAAACUAUCUAGGGACACUUCAAAAAUAACAGAAAUAUAUAUAGAUAGAUUAUACUUUGUGACCCAAAUUCUGUCUGUAUAUUGAUUUUGUUUGGUUUGUAUCUUGUUUAGAGUUUAAAGAAAGUGCCUUAUUCUGUAGAGCCUUGGGAGUUAGAAUUUAGGCUUUAGUACUCUCCUGCCCUUUUUUCUAUUAAAUGAAUCAAGCAGGAUGACCUGAUGCAAGCAGUUGGGAUGGGGCAGAGGUAAAAUGCAACAUAAGAUACAAAUGUGCCUCUUGCAGUACUGUUUAUCUUGCGCUCACGAGCUGAAACAAAUUGUGAUGGAGGAGGAUAUGAGAAGGCAGCAGGUCAAUGUAAGCAGCUUAAUUUUUGCAGUUGGCAAAGCUGAAGCAGUUGAAUAGCAUUGAUAUAGAGUUUUGUGGAACUGUAAAUACUGUUUGUAUGGGAAUUGGGUAGCCUUUGGCCCUCCAGAUGCUGUUGGAUUCCAGUUUCAGUCACCCCUGAUCUUUAGCCAUGCUGGCUGGGGCUGAUAGGAGUCCAACAACAUCUGGAGGGCUCAAGUCUCCAUCCCUGGGCUAGGGCUUAAAGAGAAAUGUGUUCUCUUUAUAAGGAGAGGGGACAGAAAAAUGUGGAUAGUAAGAUGGUGGAUGACCUAGGGAGAGAAAGGGUUAUUCCUGUAGAUAUUUUUCUCCCUGGUAGCAGGAGCUUCUUUAUCCCAUGCCUUCAGCAGGCAACACCUGUGCCUUUCAUCACAAUCAUGAAGCCAAAAAAGUAUGGUUGAACAGAUGACCAGUCAAAAAACAGUUGAUCAACAGACCAAUCAAAUAAUGGUCAAGUGUGUUUUAAAGAGAUAACUUCUUAGAAGAAAGGUAACAACUCUACAGAGUAAAGCUAACCCCUAGAUCUGCUGGCUGGGAGAAUUAAGAUGUUUCAAAGACCCCUCUCUGGCAUCCUGGGAAGGUGGCAGUGCAUGUCUGCCCCAGAGGCCAGUGGAAAAAUGCCACAAGUGUAAAUUAUCACUGGUAGUGUGUUACCAGGUGAGGCCCUGAAACAGGACAUUCUGGGGUGGGGCAGAGGCUGGCUCAACCACCCUUUUAAUUCUCCAAGAGAAUUGUACUCACCCACUUAAUUCCUCCCCUCCUUGGUUUAGAAGGAACAUUUCAUAAAACGGGCAAAGCAGAAGAAGUGUGUGUGUGUGUGUGUGUGUGUGUGUGUGUGCAUGCAUGUAUAGACCAUAGCUGUCAACUUUCAGAUUUGAAAAUAAGGGAUCAGCAGCCUCAAAAAUAAGGGAUCAGCAGCCUCACCUGUCCCAGGGACAGUCUACGGGAUAUCUAACAAUCCAGGGAUCCAACAAACAGCGCUUGAAUAAGGGAAUUUCCCACAAAAAAAGGGAAGGUUGACAGCUAUGGUAUAGACAGACAUCUACUACACUGACUGGCACAAGCAUGCAAGGCUUUGGAGUUGGGUGAUCCAUCCCUUCACUUUCCACCCACCAUCCCACUUAGAAUUGAUCUGCCCAUUGUCAAAUGGUUUGAUGUAUAUUCUAAUUACAAAAUUAUUAUAGUGGUACAAUGAAAUUAACUUUUACCAGUAUUUACAACUUUUAAUAAAUUGACUUCUAGCAAUGUUAGAUUAGUUCUGUAGAAAUGUGAAUGAUUCGCUGAGCAGUUAAGCCAUAUUCAGAUAUUUACUUGUUCACAUGAUGAGAACAGGGACACACUUGCUGGCCCUGAACCAUCCAUUAUGUCCUUGGCUGUGUAUUGAGAGUCUAGGCAUGUAGACACCUUAUGUAAUUCAGAAUCCUGAAUGAAAGGUGAUUUAAAUAACAUUGGGAGACUAUACUUCUAGAGCAGUUUCCCUGCUUUUUCCUCUAGCACAUGGAUGCAUCUAGCACAUAGGAAAUGGGGAUGGGAUGCAACAGCUGGACUAAACAGGAUUUAUUUUGUUGGCUUUUGUCCUGUACACCAGACUUGACGUACAAAAUUACCCAAAAUAAUGCAAUUAAAACAAUGAUGUUUCCAUCAAUGGCUGUUUGUGUUACUGCUUAAAGAAACCUUCAGUUACAGCAGGUUGUCAGAGGAAGUUUUCUGCAAUUCUUGUCUCUGCCCCCUGACUACUGCACAGCUAGGAGGCAAACAGUCCUCUCCUGUGUUUGCAAACAAAUGAACCUAUAGGGAAAUGAUACAAGUAAACUGCCACCCAAACAAUAGCAAUCUUGUGUUCAUUGAUUUUUUUAUCCACCUGUUGGUCAAAUAGGUGGUAGAUAUACUGGCAUGCCACCCCUGUUACAAAGUAUUUUGAUGACGCCUAAGAUGUGCAGGAAGCUCAAAUGCUGCUUGGCAUAGUUUUGCUCAUUCACAGGCCCAUAUAAUGCAUACAGUCGAUCUUAAAAUUGUUUUGUCAUGCCCUAGCUUCUCUUAAACAUACCUGCUUGGUUUAUGUUGCUCAUGCCAUGGGCAUUCUAGCAAGAAGGUGGUUGACCAUGCAUUUGUUAAGUCUACCUCUGAGAAAGGUGCCAAACUUGUAAAUGGGUAUUUUGUUUUGUUUUGUGUCCAGACCUUUAGCAACCUCCUUCACGGGCAAAUAUGGCAACAUCCAGUACUGUGUGAAAGCAACCCUGGAAAGGCCAAUGGUCCCUGAUCAAACUGUGAAGAGAGAGUUCCAGGUUAUCAGCCACAUAGAUGUCAAUUCACCCAUUCUACUGGUAAGAGCAGAUCUAGCUGUGCUAUACGUGCUAUUAACCCUCAGCUAUAACCAGGUCUGUGAUAUUUUGGUCUGUAACUUUGCUGACUUUUCAAAUGCAUGUAAGCUCCCUUCUAAGCUUCCUCUAUAAAUAGAUAGCCUUUAGGCUGCAUGGAUUGCCAACAGUUUUUUGUUGCUGUUUAAUACCAUUGAUUACAUCCCUGCUGGCACAGCUGUUUCUGCCAAAAGUUGGGGCAGGAUUGACAUGCAUUAAUAACAAUAACACAAAGCCUAAAGUACUUUAUAUCAGAGUAGCUACAUUUACAUGGCUGCAACGACUGACACUCUCUCAGUAAUACUAGGCUAUAAGUGGGACCAGAAUAAAAAAUAUUGUAGUGUGGAGUACAGUACGGCUGUUCCGGAUUCCAGCCACUCUGCUCCAUCCCGCCACCCCACCCCCUGGUUUUCUGUUUCCUCAACAGCCAGCCAGUCACUCAUAUGUAUUUGUUAGAAACCACUGGUCAUCACAAAAAUAACAUGUAGAAGUAUAUUUUGGCACAGGUGGUCCCCAGCUGGUCAACAUUCCACUGAGCACACUCACUCCUCAUUGGGCUGUUUUGGGUUUUUCCCCCCUAAAGUUAUUUUGUACUUCUGCAAAUUUUCCAGCUGCUUGUGGGGUGGUGGUGCUGUUGUGGCUAUGCAAGUAAUAGUAUUUGCAGCCUGAAUAUCAGAGAUAGAGGGAAUGAUAGAACAGGCAUUAUAGUGAACUAUUUAUCAUUUCUAGCCUGUGAUUUAAGCUCUGGUUUUCAUCCUAUACAUCCUUCCAUUUUGCAUUUCUUUUUUUUAGCAUUACGUGUAUAGAUGCAGCUGUCUCAGAUCUUCUGUUAUUAAUAUUACGGAUUUACUCACAUUUAAAGCAUGAUCAGUGGAAUUAUUACAGAAAAUAAGAUCAGAAUGGAAGUGGGCUGCAUUCCUAUUCCAUCUAAACAUAAAAUGAGAUCUUCCCUUCUUAUUAUGGGACCUAAGAUCUAAUAACUGCUUGCUUAAAUCUGAUUCUGUGAUUUCUGCUGCUCAGGAAAUGCUGGAACCAUUUUAUCUUUUCAUCAUAAUGCUAAUGUAGCAAGUAUUCUGUGCUCUUGGUAUUCAGCAUUGUUUUUCCCCUGCAGCUUUUGCUUCUUGUUAGAUUGAGGGUUAGGACUGGGUGUAUUAUUGGCCCAUUGUGUAAAGGAGAGGUGGAGAACUUUUGACUCUCAAGGCAUUGUUAGAUUCCAACUACCAUCACCCUCAGCCAGAAUGGACCAAUAACCAGGAAUGAUGGGAGUUGUAGUUGGAGGGACACAUGUUCCCCACCCCUUAUAAUAAAGUAUAACAUUCUUGCUGAAUACAAAUCAGGGUCAAUGAUUAGAAACUAUGCAAGAUUUAAAGGUGAAUAGCCUUGUCUCCUCUUCUCUGAAUUUUUUGAUACACCAUAUCUGCCACUGUACCAUCAGUGUAUAUAUAUAUAUAUACCUGCCUGUCUAGCUCUCUUCUUUUUUCCCCCUGCACCUUUUAUUUGAACAAGCCUUUGCUAAUGCUUACAUGAGAACUUGCUCAGCCAGAAUAUGUGAAGCAUUCAAGUAUUACUAAACUGCCUUACUCACCAAAUAACCAUUUCAUUUGGCAUAGCUUUCAAACUCCAUACAAAAGCAGUUUUCAGUCUGUUUUCCCUUAUAACAACUUCAGCUUCUGCAGCAAAGAGUUCACCUUACACCCUUACCUAUGAUUCGUUCUGAGAGCAAGGAAAAUGUUUGUUUGUUUAUAAAUAUAUAUAUUACAGUGGUACCUCGGGUUAUAGACACUUCAGGUUACAGGCUCCGCUAACCCAGAAAUAGUACCUUGGGUUAAGAAUUUUGCUUCAGGAUGAGAACAGAAAUCGUGCGGCGGCAGCGGGAGAUCCCAUUAGCUAAAGUGGUACUUCAGGUUAAGAACAGUUUUAGGUUAAGAACGGACCUCCAGAACAUACUAAGUUCUUAACCCAAGGUACCACUAUCUAUCUGUCUAUAUAUAAAAGCACCUGAAAAUUUGAAAAACAGAGCCCAGAGGAUCCACUGAUUCUCAGUCCAGUAGCCUUCAAAUGGCACAGAAUAAAUAACAUUUACAGGGCUCUUUGCAAUACAAAGCAGAAAGCUUCUGAAUAAAAGGUAUUGACUUGAUGGUUGACGUGCAUUUGAUCAGCACUGAACUAAGAGAUCCACUCUCUGUGCAUGCACACCCACACAUAUACAUACCCACAGAGAGAGGGGGGAAAGAGUUUUUAAAGGGUUGCAAUCACCCUUUGAAAUUACUCUGAGUCAUUCUGAAAGAAAUUUCCUAGUUGUCAGUAGUGACCAGGUAAUAUAUAAAUGAAAAGCCUGCAAUUGUUUGUGGCAUUUAGUAUUGCUUAAAUGAUAUAUGGAUCCAAUUUUGAAUUUUGUUCUUCACACUUCAGUGGAUGGCUGAACCAAAAUCCAGUGGGUUAUUUUUAUGUAUAAAGUAGGUUAAGUGUAACCUUGUUUCCAGAAGUGUGUGUAUUUUUACAUGAAUGUCUGGUCCAAGGGACCCAAAGGUCAGUUUUCAACGUCCUCAAGGCUUGGUUGUUCCAGUGAGUUUGGCUGGGAGUCUGAUGUUCCUAAUCAAUGUGUCAUACCACAAACUACUCCUGUAAUGCUUUUCUCUUUCAAAAUUAGCUUGCCUUCCAGCAGGGAGCUGCUAUUUGAGAAACAGGUCCAAAAACCUCCUUGGACAUUUAGAACUAACUGUCAUGUUAUUUGGAUCCUGACCCCCCCUGCAUAAUAUUGACUGGAAAUUCUACCUGUCCCUCCCCCUCCCCCCCCCCCCCCCGAAUGACUUAAUGGCGUAUGAGCCAGUUCUGUACCCUUUAACUUUAUUCAGUGUAAUAACUUAUUUUAGUGAAAUGAGUUUUUACAACUUAUGAAAUGUCAGAUCAGCAGGAAAGACAGACUUGGGUUAGCAUUAAGGAAGAUCUGAUAACAGAAGCCAUGCAAAGGAACAGAUUGCUAAGGGAAUCUUUUUUUAUGGAAGGUCACUCACAAGUUUGAGUGGUGGGGGAGUGGCUUGAACUAAAAUACCCAUGAGGUUCUUUCUGAAUCUGUGACAUUUGCUUGGCUUUGUGCUUCUUAAAAUUCAUUCCUGUUACACAAUAAUUAUGCACUCGUUUUGUCUGUAAAAUAUGUACUGCUGUUCUGGUACAGUAGUUCGAAAUGGCCCAGAGAGAGGUAGAUGAAAGCCAGUGGAGCUGUAGCUCAACCUCCUGCUGUUGCUGUUAAGUCUAUAGCAAGUACAGUUCACUGUAGCAAAUGCAGUUCACUGCAUUGUGUCUCUGGUCAUUCUCUCUUUUGUGUAGGAUGCCUUCCGUUUGCUUGAACUUUCAUGUUAGUUUUCUUAAGUUAGCCUAGUAGGGCUUAGCACAGGUGAUGUUAAUAUUACCUCAAGUAACUCUCCUAACCUUGUUGGCUGCAUAUUUUCAUUACUUCAAUGUUAAUUAAAAAUGUUAGUCACACUUGUUUUCUGAUGUGUAGCUAAUUCAGCCCUGUAACAUAACUUGCCAAAUACUGUAACUGCUUUACCCAGCUGAAUAGGUUGUGCAGUUUGUUUGGUUUUGUUUCUCAAGUCUAAACUAACAUUUGAACUUCCAUGCAUUAUUAUGAAAUGAUAAUAUAAACCAGUUGAGACUGCUCACUAAAACAAUAUCCUCUUUGGCCAAAGCACCAGUGUGCCUCCUCUUGUUGGCAACAGCCUUUGGGCAUUGAGAAAAGAGUUUUGCGGGCAGGGUUUUUUCCCCGAGCAGCUUCCCAUUAGGUGUACCUUAGGAAAUCACAUACACAAAACACAAAAUCCACUCACAUAUAAGGAUGCUAGAGUAUUUGAAAUUAAUUCUGUCAUCUCUGUGUUGUGUGUUUACCAUAUCUAUGAUUGCUUCCCAUAUUUGUUCCUGCUUGAUAAGUCUGGUAACAAUGAAACAAUAAAAUAAGUCGAAUGACUUUGGUUAACUUUCAAGUGGGGUCAUUUUUCUGUCUAUAAAGUAUUAAUUGACUGCUGUCCCUUUUGACCACCCCAUUCUAAUAUUUGUAAGAAUGUGAACAAAAAUUAACUUGCAUUUUGCAGCAUAGCAUAAGGUGGUAGUUCAUAAAAUUGUGUAAACUGGACUUGUUGUGUGCCAUAUGAUUCUUAGUAGGCUUGAGUUCUAAAUCAAUUCCUGAGGGAUUCAGUAACCUUCCAUUUCAAAAUUAACCACUGUCUACAGAGACUCCUUUAUGCAUUUUCUCAUUUGGGUCCAUUUAGAUGGAGGAAAGCAUGUCAUCCCAUUAAAAUAAAAUAAUAUGCUGUUGAGGGUUGGCAGAAGCUUUAUCCCUUCCCACCAUAGAGAAUGGAGGGAGAUGCAUUUUCUGCCCGUGUAAUUGCUGCCACUGCUUCACACCUCUGUGCCUGCUGAGUAAAGAAAUAUUACAUGUGCAUGGUCUCAGUAGAUCACUCUCACAUUGUGUUGCCCCAAACAAAUAAAUAUUUAGGAUCAAUUAUAACAACAAGAGAGUAGUAUUACACAGUGACUUGGUACUUUGCACAUGUGGCCACUAAUGUCAUUUAAAUAAUAGUAAUUGAUAUGAACAUCUGGAUAGUAAAUUUGAAUUGCUAACCUGGGAUGCCUAGUUACUGCAACAGAGAGCAAUAAGACUGCACUGAUUGCCAAAAGUGUGUAUAUGCAGAGAUGCCAUGUGGAAUAAAAAUGGGAAGGGGACAUGUCUUCUCCAAAAAGAAUUACACUCACUUUGGAGCUGUCUGAGAGAAUGCAAAUCCUGUUUGCCUCAUAUGGAGCAGUAACCUGGAUUGUUAAAGUGGAUUGUGGUGUGCCACAUGGGUAGAGCUACCUGCUUUGCCUCCCUUGCCUUGUGAUGGCUACUGCCAAAGCUAAUGCCAUUGUGGGUCUCGCCUUAACGUACCUCACUUAUCACAAGGUGCACUUUUCUGCACGGACCUUUGUGGGCUGAAUAUGUUAUAUUGGUUUAAUUAUAUUGAGCUGUGUGUAGCUUGCUCAGAGACCACAUGGGUAAAGGACAAGCUAUAAAUGCCUGUAAAUAAACAAACUCUUAAUUGGUGAGUCAAGCACAGGUGAAUUGCUGGUACCUGUGGGUUUGAAACCACUAUUCUUUUAAUGAUUUUUUAAAAUUCUUUUUUACAGAGCCCUGUAAGACGAAGCCAGGAGAAGAUGAUUGGAUGCUGGUUUUUCACUUCUGGCCCAGUUUCCCUCAGUGCCAAAAUAGAGAGGAAAGGCUAUUGUAAUGGCAAGUGUACCUUCUUCAAUAAGACUGAAACUGGAUAUUAGGUUGAUAAAUACCAAGUCCCACCCCUCUGUCAAGAUCCUAUUAUCCCAAAUUCCUAUUGGGGGUGGAAUUUUCUUGGGAGGGUUGACAAGUGGGAUGGAAGGGCUCAAGCAUUUCCACAUCAGCUGGUUUUCUUCAAAAAAAAUCUCACCCUGUUCUGCUGUUUUCAGAGCCAGAGUUAGGAAAAAGUGAUUUAGAUGGUCUGGGAUGAUGGCACUCGCAGAGUAGAAUUGGUGGGCAGAGGAACAGCUAAGGACCUCCCCUCCCCAAUCCUCUUGUUCUCCUCUGCAGGUGUCCUUCUGCUUCUAUAUUAGUGUUGGAAUGCCAUGUUUUCCCCAUAACAUCAAUACCCUAUCUAAAAAGCCUCAGGUUUUGUCACUUUAAGAGGGAAAAGGUUAAGUAGAAAGCCAAAUAAAUGAUUAGUAAAAUCAUUGCAGAUACGUAUACAAAUGUAGGACUAUUCAUGGUGCUUGUUGCCACAAUAAACAUAGGAAGUUUUUUUCUAAACAUUAUAAACUCGCAACAGAAGGAAGAAAAAUAAUUUGCAUCAUGUGAUGAAUGAAGUUCUUUGUCACUCAAGUACAUCAUAAUGUUUGGUAAUUAAUUCGUUCUUUGUGAAAUUCUUUCUUUCUUUUUUAGGUGAAGCAAUACCAAUUUAUGCAGAAAUUGAGAAUUGUUCCUCUCGCUUAAUUGUUCCAAAAGCUGCUAUUUUCCAAACACAGACUUAUCUGGCUAGUGGGAAAACGAAAACUUUUCGGCAGAUGGUCGCCAAUGUGCGAGGAAACCAUGUUGCUUCUGGGAGCACAGAUACCUGGAAUGGGAAAACUUUGAAAAUUCCACCUGUCACCCCUUCUAUCCUUGACUGCUGUAUUAUCAGAGUUGAAUAUUCCUUAGCUGUAAGUGUGGCUUUUCACUAUUUAAUUUAAGGUUUGAAGACUGUGUUAAUGUAACUAAACAGACUUAAAUUCAGGCAUACUUAUCUUUUACUAAAUAUUCCUAAGCAUUGCUUGCUCCUUCAUAGAGUGUGAAUUGUUCUGUAUGUCCAAAAGCAGUAGGCUAACAUUUAGUUGCUGGAAUUUUAAGGGGUUAGGAGUCCACAACUGAAGUGGUUGAGAUGGUGUUAAAAUGGCUGGAAGGUAAUGUUGAAAGUAUGAAACAAAGCCAAGUUCCUGAGGGUAGAUGUAUAUGAAUGACAGCACAGUUAUAUGUGCUUUACCCCCAAAUAGGGAUAAAGGAAGAAUCCUGCGAGCGUAGUUUCCAAAGUGAACACAUCUGAGCUCAUUCACCCAAACCAAUGUGCAGAUCAGGAGUCCAUUUCAGAAGCUGCACAUGGCUGGAUUUGUAGAUAUAUUGUAGCUCUCCAUAGGUAUGAGAUGGCCUGAGGGCUGCCUCCCGCUUUUCUAGAUAUUUUAUUGUCAUCAUGAUUUGUUAAAUUUGCAUACCGCCCUACAUGCAUAGAUCUCAGGGUGGUUCACAAAUUACUACAGGCAAGAGCUGUUUUGCAUGGGGGUUGUGUUCCUGACCCCAUGUGUAUCAGCAGAGCGCGUGUAAGCCUGUUUCACCUCCUACUCCUAUUAUGGCAACUUCCGGGUUGGGGAGAUGCAUGCAUGCAUGCACAGUAGGGCGUGCUUUGAAUGUGUACAAAACAGUGAUUGCCUGUAUGAAAAACACAAAAUACAUAAUAAAAAUAAGAACAAAAACAACCCCAGCCCCUCAACAAUACAUUUUAAAAGGCAGCAGUUGUAAACCAGCCAAAGGCCUGGUUUAAGAGGAACAUUUUCAUCUGGCUCCUAAUGGUGUAUAAUGAAGGUGCCAGGUGAACUUCCCUGGGAAGAGUUUUCUGCAAAUGGGGAGUCACUGCAGAAAAGGCCUGUUCUCGUGCUGCCACCCUCCAGACCUCUCGUGGAAGAGGCACCCAAAGAAGGGCCUCACAUGAUGAUCUCAGGGUCCCGGUAGGUCCAUAUGGAGAGUGGUGGUCCUUGAGGUGUUGCUGUCCUGAGUCAUUUAAGGCUUUGUAGGUCAAAACCAGCACUUUGAAUUGGAUCCAGAAACUAACUGGCAGCCAGUGCAGUCUGGCCAGGAUCAGUGUAAUAUGCUCAAACUGUCUUGCCCCUGUGAGCAACCUGGCCACUGUAUUCUGCACUAACUGAAGUUUCAGAGGCAGCCCUAUGUAUCAUGCAGUGCAAGAAUCUUACCUAGAGAUUACCAGAGCAUAGACAAUAGUAGUUAGGCUGUUCCAGAUAGGGGCACAGCUGAGCCACCAGCCACCUGAGCCUCAAGUGUCAGCAAAGGAUGCAGAAGUACCCCCAAGCUGCAUAGCCGCUCCUUCAGAGGGUGUGUAACCCCUUCAAGAAGCCCUGUGCACUGCCUAGCUGCUAAUCUAGGUCCUUGGAAGAAUCUUUUUAAAACAACUGGAGUGAAGACAGGCAAUCCUCAGGCCACCUCAUACAUAUGAAGAUCUAUAACCACCUUGUGGUGUUUUUUUAACUUGUAAACAACAUUAACCUCUCCCUUUUAAAAAAAUAAUAAUCUGUGAAUUUCUUCUAAAACUAUGUGGGAAUAGGAUGGGGCAGAUUGUAGUUUCAUCAUUUGCAGGAUUGGUGCAACCCUAAUCCAAAAUUGUUGGGUUUAUGGAAAAUUUCUGAUCUUGCCUUUGGAUACGUUUGCAGUGCUAGGUUUGGCUCCUCUCGGACAGAUUCUGUGAAAUUGUGUCUCUCUCAUCACAGGUGUACAUUCAUAUUCCUGGUGCUAAAAAGUUGAUGCUUGAGCUGCCUCUAGUGAUUGGCACAAUUCCAUGUACUGCAUUUUCCAGCAGAAACUCCAGCCUUGCCAGCCAGUUCAGCAUGGAUAUGAGCUGGUUGGCACUAUCAAUGCCAGAACAUCCAGAAGGUACAAUUUUGGGUUAUGAGAUUGGUGUCUGUAUUAUUCUGGCUGGGUUGUUGUUGUUUUUCUUGCAGUAGCAGGAGCUGCUAUAUACAUUGCAAAAAUAAAUUGUGAAGCUCUCAUGAAGUGAACUAGAGCCAAUGUAAAAAGUCAUAGAUAGUUCCAGAGGCAGGGCAGGGGGACAUGCAAGUGCUUAUUUAUUCUUUCAACCCACCUAGAAACAUACUUUACCCUUUGGGGGGGGCUCCAUUUUUUUCCCCCAGCGCCUCCACUGUAGUAAAUUGAUUGCUGAGCUUGAACUGGGGAGGUUUUUGUCAACUUAAACCAGAGAUGGUAAAACAUGUGGCCCUCCAGAUGUUGCUGGACUCCCAACUCCCAUCAGCCCCAGCCAGUAAGGCCAAUUAUCAGGGGUGAUGGGAGUUUCAGUCCAGUAGCAACUGGAAGGACAUAGGUUCUCCAUUCCUGCCUUGGGCUAGCUGAUGUUUUGUCAGGUGACUAUGAGAAGAAAAUGCCAUGCUGGGAAAGGAAGAAAUACAAGUACAUUAAGUAAUAAUAAAUCAUGAAAUCCCUCUGGUUUGUCACAAGUAUAUCAUUGAAACAGAAAGUAAUACCUGUAUUCAGAUUCCAGUGCUUCUUAAGUGAUUCAUCAUUUACACUAAAAUCUCAUUUGUGUUGUUGGUCAUCAGCCAUCAUAGAGUAGGGCUUAGGAGAAGAUUCAUCUACAGAAGAGAACCAUGGAAGGAGUAGCUAAUGUAUGUUUUAAAAAAUAUUUUCUUUUGCUAGCACCGCCCAAUUAUGCCGAUAUCGUGUCAGAGGAAGAGUUCUCAAGACAUGUCACUGCUUAUCCACAACUACUUGACUGCAAUGAAGAACUAUGCUGCCCUAUGUUGGCCUACAUUCAGGAGUUCCGGUUUCAGCCCCCACCUCUCUAUUCAGAGGUAAAUCAAGAUCCCUGAGUGCAAGUUCUGUCUAAAUCUACCAAAAAAAAGCUUAUAUUAACUUCAGAAUCCCAAGCAGUAAAGUGUAUUAUUUUCUCUGCAGAUUGACCCACAUCCUACUGAGGUGGAAGAUAGCCAGCCAGUUUCAAUAAUGGCUUAAGGAUGAUUGAGAAAGCUGCAUCUUGAUCAGAUGGAAUAUCUUGAUUUUGUUUUCUACAGCCUAAAAGUUUUUUUAAAGCAAUUUAUUGCUUAAAGGUAUCAAGGCAACUGAAACAUUAAGAUGGACUACACCUUGCCUCUUUGAGGAGAGGCAAGAGAUGGAAGAAAGUCGUGUAGUUUCGCUGGCAAAGAAGAAACCAUGAGGUCAGAUUACCAAGAAAGUGGCCCCUAUCUUACCUGGAGCAACUGAAAAAUAACUAAGAAGAAAGAAAAUUUAGAAACUGGUGCAUAUAGUGCAAAAAUCAUGCUGAGGAUAUUUUCAAGAGCAGCCAAACCACAUAACAAAAAGGCUGCACCGAGGAGAUAUAGUUGUUUUAUCUGCAUGACUAAAUUAUCCUGAGAAGGGACAUAAAAAUAAGAGUAAGCUUCUAAAAAGCACUCCUUUAGUUUACAAGGGCUUCUGCUUGACAAUUUCAGUACCCAAGCAAGAAAAUCUGAGGUCCUGACUGUACUCAGCAUCAAAAAUAAGAAUGUAUUAAUUUAAAGAAAGAAAGAAAUGUCAGAUGGACACCUAUCAAUUAGUGGUCUUAAAAUGCAUAUUACUUUAUAGGGAAUAUUAAUAUAUAGCAAGAGUUAUGAAGGUGCCAGCUCUUUUUAAUUAUGAAUGGCAGACAUUUAUUUCAGUGAUGAAGCUGGAGUUUUGUUGCUGCACUUCAAGGUUUUGUUUUGUUUUGUUAAGGGAAAUACAGUUAAUUUUUCUACAACUCUCCAGAACUGUCCCCCCCCCCCUCUGCAUCUUUACCAAUGGGACAAAAUCUGGCAAGGGCAGCCAAAUACUACACCAGUCCUUAAAUUCAGCAACUUGAGCCACUGCCACUAGAGCAAUUAUAGGUAGGAUGCUUUAGCACUCUGCAGGAGUGUCUAUAAAGAAUGAAGAAAGGAGUAGCUAUGAUUUCCAAUAAUGAAUUACUGUGUUUAAAAGCCUUUUUAAAAAAAAUCUACCUCUGUUUUGGAUAUGAGAGCCAGCCGAGACCAAAAAGCGUAAUUCUGCAGUUGGAUCUGCCCCUGUUAAAUUUCCAGUUUGAUAGUCAUUUCUCUAUGAAUUUUGGGGGUUGUUGGGAGAGAGGUUCUUGGAGAAUCAUUAUUUAGUAGGGCAGUUCUCCUUAAAAGCAACAUGAGAACCUUUAUCAGUGCACGUGUUUAUGUACAGCAAUCUGGCUCACUUAUCAGGGAAUUGUUCUUUGCUUUCUUCAGAAUUGGGCUGUGUCUUUACUAUGGUGCAAUAUAACUUGAGUUGUUCCUCAGGUCAUUUAGAAUAGUGAAUAUUGCUGCUAAGCAUAAAGUCUUAUAUUAGGGGUGCCUCAUAGAUUGAAGGAAAUCCUGUAUGGUAUGUACAUUAUCUUUUAAAGCAGAUAUACUGCAGCUGGUAAGAAACCCAGUGGCGUAGCGUGGGUUGUCAGCACCCGGGGCAAGGCAAGUAAUUUGCACCCCCUAACCCGUGGAUUUUAGCACUAGAGUCUCUUCCACUAGAUUAGUUAAAGAAACCCUUACCCCCUAAGCACAUGUAUUGUUUGCAGAGAGAGAGAGAGUGAGUGAGCCAGGUAGGGGCAGAGAGCUGCGAGUGCGAGCGCCCCCCCAGAUGUUGCGGCCGGGGCCCCCCCUGCACCCCCCACGCUACGCCACUGAAGAAACCUAAAUUGUCCAUUAAAUUCUGGAUUUAUUAUGUUUGCAAUGAGUAAAAAGGAAGUAGUUCUAAAGGGGGAGGGAUUUCUUAGCUUUUAUAUGAUAGUGCAUGCACCUGCAUGAUGCCACCCGCCUUCUCCCUUCAGAUCACCUUUUCUAUCAAGCCUAUACCCAACAGUGCAUAUACAUUUCCCUGUUUCCUGCUAACUUCACUUCUCUUCUUCUCUUCCUGCCUCCUUUAUCAAAUUAUGGAUUGCAACCUGCUUGGGCAGGGACUUGACCUCUUGUACACUGCAAAGCACCAUACCUUAAUGACCCUGUAUGAACAAGAAAUAAGUUUGAAGCAGUCACCAUAUUAAGGAAAAAACCAGUGCCUCUAAGAUGACUUCUGCAUCUUUAAAAAUAGUUUUUAACAGGUAUAUGAAAAUUAAGCUGCGGCCUGAUUUAAUUGGGGUCACCACUUCUAAACAAUUUACCGUAACAGAAUAAUAAGCAUUGACACUUUAAAAGACACACACACACACGUGUUAAGGGCCCUGGAAUCUGCAUUACUGACUUCCUCUAAUAUUUGUGUUUUCUUGCUGAGUGGAUAUUUAUACUAGUGAUGGGGUCUGUUAGCAGUUUGUGGGAUGGCCAGAAGUACAUGGAGGCUGAUAUAAUUCAUUUUGAUGGAGGCUUGUCAGGCACAGCUAUUGGGGAGGGGAGAAUUAGGAGAAGGGAGCAAAAAUGAUUGAUUAUGGAGAGAAACGGCAGUGAAACCCUAUAUUCUUAAUGUGAGCACACUGAGAAGAAGAUGGAGUGGAUCCCUCCCAUUAUUGUGGAAUGGAUAAAAGUCUUACUUACUUCACCAGCCAUUAGUAAGCAGAAUGGAGGCUGGAUUGCAGCCAAAGGUGGCAGAGAUUUCUCCUGACUUGUGUGCAAUGCCUCUUGAGAGUUUAUAUGUGUGUGCUUAUUACUGCCUGUUGCACUGUUGCUUACAAGUUGCCAAACAAGGUGAAAUUUAAACAACAUGAAGGGAGGAAGAAUCCAUGGUGCAAUAUAGGGACUAUUUGCUACGAGUCAGCAAAUGACUAGCUAGUCAAAAAAGUGAGGUGGGACUGCUAAAGCCAAACUAUAUUUCACAUGAAGCAGCCAGUUCGUUCUCUAGAGUCUAUCUUUCCCUCCCCUCAGCCAGGUGAAUUUCUUCCUCUUUUCAAGCUUAUCUGAUACUAGCAAAAUGCCAGUGUUUGCAGUGGAUGGAGUGUUUCUGGAAAGGCAACUUUGCAAAUCAUUUGUAGGGGUCUGGUGUGCCCCAGGCGCUUACAUCCUUCUUGUGGGAGUUGAGUUGUCUAGUACUAGAGAUAAAGAUCGUUACAACAUUGUUUCCAGGCAGAGCAGCUGGCAUCCUACCCAACCCAAAAAUAUCAACAAGUAGUUUGCAUUGUGAGAGGAAGUAAGGGGAAUGGACUUUAGGGUCGCUUAGCCUGUGCUAUGAUGUUCCCAACCACUUGGUGUCAAACCUGCUGGGUUCUGUUACUUGGGCAUAUUAGAGAAACAGUUUGGCAAAACUGACUUCUAGGCAUAUUUAUUCAUUAAUUAUCUGACGUGAGGAGCUAGAAAUGCCUAAUGUUUUAUGCUUGUUCAGAUGAGAUGAGAAUGUGACACUUUGCCCAUUUGCUGUGUUUAUGUAUCAGAAAGAAAAAGAAGCUUGAACCAAAAUUGCAUUGCAACUUAUUCUUAAAAAAAAAAAUACAUUUGUCUUAAAAUCCAAUCCUGAGUGGUAUCCCAGAUGCCUUUUUUAAUGGGAUGCCUGUUUUUAAAAAAAUGCAGGAUUUCAUCUGAUGAGAACUAAAUUAAGUCUCUUAACUCCUAUUUAUUACUUGAAUAGCAAUACCAUGGCUGUAUAGCAUGCAUGUCUUGGGAGGACUAAAACAAUGGUUAUUAGGUGCUUGCAACGACUUGACUGUAAUACCGAUAAGAGCUGGCUGUUGGUAUCAUUCUUGUCAUACAGCAGAAGAGCAUGCAUCAGUACAAAGAAUGACAAUGCUGCUCUUUUGUUUUCAAUCUUGGGAUCACUCCUGGGUUACUUGCAAAUAAACUGUAACUGUGGCCUUAAGUAGUAUGUGAGCGGGGGCGGGGGGAGUCUUCAGAAGCAUGCUGUAUCUUUAUAAGGCUCUGGUUUGAAACUGAAAAAGCAAAGCUCUGCCUCCUGUACUUAAGACAGAAUUUGCUUCUUAAUAAUGUAUGUUGCAUAAUGAUGAAUUCAAUAAUGCAGGGGUUUGUGUUUUUGUGUUUUCUCAGCUACUGUAAAACCAGGUUAAAAGCCAAGCAAAAAAAAAAAAUCACCCUGAAAAAUGAUUGUACUUUAUAUUAAAGUUUGAACCCUAUGGGUUCUGUUUCUUAAUAAAAGCACAAAAAGC